GAGUGGCAAAAUUUUCCUCCGAAUAUGGGCGUCAUGUCAUCUCGUCAUGUAUUCGUCGCUGUUCACGGGCGCUUUCUCCAAAAAUCAUCUACUUUUUCCCGAAAGUUUUAGUUUAAUAGUGAUCCUUGUGCAGUAACUAUUGUGUGUGGUCAUCGGACGUCUCGGGGCGUGUUUGAAGAAGUGCUUCGGGGGCUGUGCAGAGAAGUUAAAAAAAGAAGCUAAUUCCCAAUCAGUGGAAGCAUACUGCUACUGGAUAUGGAUAGUGCGCUGGAAUAGCCUACUGGCAGCGCCCCCGGGGAAGUGUGUGCGGUUAAGGAAUCGGUCGCGAGCCUUUUUGUAUUACGGGCUGCAAGAAGCGCCAAGUUCGGUACGGUCGUCGCGAACGUCAUCACUCUUCGUUGGGGGAAACCAGCGGAAAGAACCAAUUGACCCUGGUGUUGAUUUUUUUUAUUUUUCGUGUGCCCCGUGUUGUUGAACGUGUGGAUUUUUCGUUUUUGAUUUUGACAACGUGAAAGGAAGAAGGGAAGAACUGAACCAGGCGAGCUUGUGCGAGGUGCUUCAAAGUUCAUACACAAAUCUACAUUAUAGAGGACCCCAAAAGUAAAACUAGCAAGACACGUAAAUCUAUGUAUAGCAAAACAUACACUCAGUCACUGCCUGGCGCCUAGCGAAGGAUAAUACUCUACUUAUAUAGCAAACAACACAGUCAGUGUGACGAAAGCAGUCGACGACGACGAAAAAAAUACGUACACAAAGGAUCUGAAGCGCCUAGAUUCCCAAACCGACCAAGGGGAACGAGGUACGAGGAACGAACUAUUUUCGCCGUCCUGCCCGUAAACGAAAACAAGCUGUUUGCCAGCAGCAGUAGCAGUAUAGCAUGGCCAAGGGAGCUUUUAUGUAAUUGUUGAAAACACCAAUUUUCUCCUGCUGUGGUGCAGUGCAAGAAAGACCCAGCAUUCCAGGACCACAUUUUCGAGAGCGUAGUAUUCGGAUCGAAAUCUGCUGACACCCCACGAGUAGAAAAUCGGGAAUAUUUGCGGAUAUCUAUGCUGUCCUGCCACAUGAAUCUCAUCCAUGCAAAGUUGAAGUGAGCAAGGAAAGACGUGAAGUGCAACAGCGAAUCUGAAGAAGAGUAAAUAAGAAGCCAAAAAAUACGGCGAAGUGAAAAAGUGGUUCAGGAUUCAGAAGAUGACGCUGAUGGCAGUGAUAGAACCAAUCGAGCAGCGGUGAUUACGAUGAUCCAGAUGACGACAAUGACGAUAGAAAAACGUGCAAAACUAAGGCCUGCAACGAGUGUAACGAAUGUGUGCAAAUAUUUGUGUGAUUCACCAAUGUAGAUGAGAAAAGAUAAUUGUUAAAGUAAAUAUAAAAAAAUCAGUGUAUGUCCAGGUUUGAAUUCCUUUGGAUCUUAGUUUGUUCCGGGAAAGAAAGGGUCUAGUUCGAUGAAUUGAGAUGCUAGCUAAGUCUCAGCAAUCAGAAAGAUAGAAGAUAAGUUUGACAAAGUGACAAAGUCAAGUAUAAUAUAAAUUAUUAUCAAAAAUUAAAAAAAAAUAUCACGAAAAGUGUGUGAUGAGCCGUGAAAAAGGGUGGCAUGAAUAGCUGGCAAGUGAUAUUACACAAUACUAAUCCGAUACUUCGCGAUAGGCCUAGUGAUAACUCGGAGCGUUCGUCGGUGGGUUCUAACAGCCUUCUCAGUGUUUGUGGUGCUAGUGAUUACAUAAAUAACAGUUGCUUGGAGAAGAAACUCCGCCGAAGACACCAUCGAGGACGUCGACGACUACGACUGGUCAACGGUAGGACAACGCUCAUCCUGAACCAGUUACCCGCGGCGUCCCCCAACAGUCAUCGCUCAUUCUGGCAGCGUUACAGAAAUCUCAGAGCCAGCAAAAAUCACAUCCGGAGCAGGAUAAGUCGUGUAACGGAAGUGCCUACAAGCCAGCAAGCGCCGGCAACGGAUCUGCAGCCCUCGUUGAAGUCAGCGAAGGAGGCAGCCACAGCAGCGAGAACAAAAAUACUCUACUACUACACUGCUGCUGUGUGAUCGUACAAAUUACCCCAGUAGCCCCCGGGCGCAGCCACGUGACGACGACGGCUUCGUCCGCCAAAAAGCCCAGCUCAGGCGGUGACGAUGGCGGAAGUGGAGGGUUAGCCACUGGUGCUAGUGGUCGCACUCCUGUCUGUCGCUGUAACACACAAUACAAACUAUCGGAUCUGAAAGCUCUGCAACAGCUACAACUACAGCAACAACAACAGCAGCAGCAACAACAACAACAGCAACAACAGGGUGCUAGCGCUAACACCAAUGUCUCCUCCUCUACUACCGCUGUCAGUGGAACAACCCCCGGUAGCACUACAGCUGCCGGAGGACACCAUCAUCACCACCCGUCAACCACAGCCAUGCCGCAGCACUCUCAUGUCGGCAGUGCCGCGCAGAAACAGAGCCAAGAGUUAACGAACGAAGAACUGAUCAAGUAUCUUCAACAAAUAAACGCCGACAUCAAAUGGAUCGAGCAGCUAAAACAAUACAAAUACGAAAUCGAGAAACUUUCCCAUACUGAUAAGACUGAUGCCCGCAACAUCAAACAGCAACAACAACAACAACAACAGCAACAACAAUUACUCUUCAAUGGUCACAUCGUUGGCCCUCCUUCAAAACCCAAACCGGAUUUUUCUGCUCCCCCCUCAGUGCCGCACCAACAGACCGGGGCAAUAUCCAAGAGUGAAUGUUUCGAUCGAAGUCUCAAACAACGCCACUCGUCCCGGUCGGUCGACGAACGCACUGCUCGUCGAGACGACGAAGACUUCGCUAAAGAAACCAGUCACCAACGGCACUCCUCCGGGCCCAGCGAUCUUCAACUUCUCAAAACUGACAUUUCCGAAUGGCUUCUCAACUUACCCCUCAAAAGGAGUGUCGAAUUCCUCCAGAAAGCUAAAUCCGCUCAACAAAAGUUCGAGAAAGAACAAAAAGAGCAGGCAGCUCAUCAGUUCUCGAAGAAACCACUCCAAAGGCAAUCUUCCGGAGGUACAUCGGAACGUACCAUCCAUCGGCAGCAUUCUGCAGGGGCCGGAGAAAUCUCCCUCAGUCGAAACGACAUUCUCGAAUGGCUUAAGAAGCAACAGAUUUUCAGUAAAGUUAACGAGGAGACCGGUGCUCCGAAGAAGUUCAAAGAAAAAGAAGAAAUACCUCUGCAGCACUUUGAUCCACCGAAGACCACGCAGCAGAAACCAAGCGGCGCCAAGCUGCAGAAACGGCACUCACUGGGGCCUAACGAAGAGUUCUUCCACAAAAGUACCACCGAUUGGAUUCAAUAUCCACUGAAGCAGCUCAAGAAGCAUACAAUAGACGCAGCGCCACAAAGUAGUUGUACGGACAUUCGCCGCAAGGAUCGAGAACGCAGUGAACAUUCGCAUCACCGAGAGCGGAAACUACGGCACUCUGCUAGCGAAGUUGUAUCAUCCUCGCAUCUCGAUCGUCCUCCGACUCGCGUCGCUCCCCAAAAACCAGAACGAACCUUCCGUUACCAAUUGAAAGAUCGUAGCGAACCGCACUCCCAAUUCAUUUCCUCCCAGCAAUACCCAAUCCAACAACCAUCAACCUCUUCCACCACUCCGGCUGCCUCCGCUCCCAAACAUUCACGUCGCGAACGCACUCGACGUAACAAGACCCAGCGUUCUGCCACUGUCAGCGACAUCAACCACAUCAACAAGCAUCCCUCCCAACAACAUCCCCCCUACCCAGCUUCAAGAUCUACCGAACGCAGCCAAUCCCCGGCCAAAUGUACCGACCCCUUCUGUUCGGCACAGUCCCUCUGCAACGAUCCCAACUGCUACAUGUACGACUACUACGACACCCCUCGCUGCGCUUCACUCCCGCGAGUCAAAAGCACUACUCCUCCUGGCACUUCCAAGUGCGGUCCCCUUUGCUACGAAUGCAACAACAAGUGCAACUCCUUGCCACGUUGCACCGAUGCCCGCUGUACGGCCUUCGCUGGACCAGCCCAUUCAGCGUCCACGCAAAAGAUCAAAAGCAAUUCACUGCCACGAAAUGCCGAAAUGGCGCAGAAGCGUUUGUCUCGGGAGGAGUCACGCAGCUCACUGCCACGCUCACGGCCCAAAAAGCGAUCCUCCUCGUGCGGGAACGGCAAGCUCAUCAAGUCCGUAUCGGCCGCAUCACUCAACUCCCGGAGGCGCCGCAACAGAUCGGUCCACUUCAGUGAAACCAUGUUGCGGGAGGUUUGUCAGAAUCGGAAGCUGAUUCAACCGCUACAGCAGCCUCCAUCGGGAGCGGCUCCACUGCAGCCGAACAUACAGAUGCUGUACAACUUUGUCGAGGGGGUUCUGAGUGCCUGGGUGGACGAUGAGGAUGAACACAACAAAUCCGGACCGGACUCCGAACCGGAACGGGGAGCGGUGAUGAAACCGAUGCAUCGCUGCAAUCGGAUACGGUUCCAAACAAUUAAACGGGUGGUGAACGAAGCGGCCGAGCUGAAGGGAUCUUCUAAGUUGGGGAAUUCGCGGUACCGGCAUCGUCACUGGCGCGGAACGGCCAAGGAUUGCAACGAGCGGUUCCUGCGGAAGAUUUCCGACGAUGAUCGUAUGAGCUUGACGACGGCCGUGUCAGAUGAGGACGACGGGGAAAGUGUGAUGGCUUCACCGUACAAAGCGAAAGCCACUGGCACCGCCGCAGCAUCCUUCAACUGUACCGGAGCGGUUCGGAAAGCGGGAUUUCUUUCGGUCAAGAAAUGGCUCCUGCGCAAGAAGCACCAGAUCGAGCUGGCCCGCAAGCGCGGCUGGAAGGGCUACUGGGUCUGUCUGAAAGGUACCACCCUGUUGUUCUAUCCGUGCGAUUCGCGCGAAGGCCGCUCGGUCGAGGCUGCCCCAAAGCAUCUGAUCAUCGUGGACGGUGCCAUCAUGCAGCCGAUACCGGAGCAUCCGAAGCGGGACUACAUCUUCUGUCUGAGCACGGCAUUCGGCGAUGCGUACCUCUUCCAGGCGCCCUGCCAGGUCGAGCUGGAGAACUGGGUCAACAGUAUACAUAGUGCCUGUGCUGCAGCGUUUGCAAGACAUCGUGGUAAGACUGGUACGUUACACCUUCUGCAGGAGGAGAUUUUCCGUUUAGAAAAAGCAAUAGAAUCGGACCACAAACUGAAACACAUGGCCGAUUUGCAGCAGAGCGUAGUCACCGAUACGGACACGCGUCACCAAAUUCAGCAGCAGAUUCUUCAGUGGGAGGAGAACCUCGAGCGAUUGCACUGCGAGCAGUUCCGUCUGCGAUGCUACAUGGCAUCUCUACAGAACGGAGAGCUUCCGAAUCCUAAGUCUCUCCUAACGCACGUAUCGCGUCCCACUAAGAAUACGCUGAACAAGUUGGGCGUCUUCACGGUGUCCUCGUUCCAUGCGUUCAUCUGCGCUCGGUCACCGUCACUGUUGAACAAUCUGCUCGCGGGACGUGGAGCCACCAAGCGACGUCCGCCGAUCUUGUCGCGUUCGAAUAGUGGCUCCAGUCGCCGUUCGAUGCAGAUGAACACCCGUGACGAGCCUGAGAAAUCCUACAAGGUGGCCCUGCCGGAGAACACGUUCGCUACUGUGUACUUACGCGAGGGUAUGUCGGUGGAGGAAUUUCUGGCCAGUGCCUGUCAGCGCAAGAAUCUCAACCCGAUGGAGCACUUUGUGCGAGUCAAGAAGCGUCGCGAAAUGGAAGACCACAACUACUUUGUUCCUCAUCGAAAUGAUCUGAUCGAAACAUAUCUACAUACUCACGAAAUGGUUGAAGUUUGCGCAAAGAUUUUGUACCAAGUAGAACUACAACGAACCACACUGGAGCAAAUGUGGGGCUUCUCGGUCGAAGCCGAACUAAUCGAGAAUGCCGAUCGCCAGGAUGAACUCUGCUGCUAUGUUAGUCGUGUCGAGGACAAGAGCUUAGCUAUGCAGAACGGAGUCAUCAAGGGCGACGAAAUAAUUGUGAUAAAUGGCGCGAUCGUUUCGGAUCUGGACAUGAUGUACUUGGAAAGUGUGCUCCAGGAAGAACAAGCCUUAUGCAUGAUGAUGAGAUCAUCAAGGACAGAACCACCGGAUCUUGUUGGAAUUAUGCGCUCAACUGAUGAUAUUAUCGAGUCUUUAGUGUGUCCUCCACCGCCGUCAGAUCCUCCGGUCAUUAGCGAGGAAAUGAUCUCCGGACUUAUCGUUCCUGCCCCUAAUUGGCGACGUUCGUGUAUUUCAGGUAAAGAAGUCUACUCGCCUGAGGUCGAGAGUUCUCCAGCUCCGUCUGCCAACGAUCCGCACAUGGACCGCUCGAAGCAAUCAUCCCGUACCAACAGUUUCGAGAUCGAAAAUCUGCUCAAAUCGGCCGAACAGGUUACCGGCUUCUGUCGUUCCCCGCAGGAAACCCGCAAAUCCAGCCCCACCGGCUCGGUGGCCUCGUCGGUAUCAAAUGCCAUGCUCACCCCUUCCCGUCAACUAACCGACGCCGAGAAGCUUCGUAAGGUUAUACUCGAGUUGGUCGACACGGAAAAGACCUAUGUUAAGCACUUGAACAACCUGCUCGAGUAUUACUUGGAGCCUCUGAAGCGUGAAACUUUCCUAUCUAACGCCGAAAUCACCGCUCUGUUUGGAAACAUUCAGGAAAUCGUUACAUUCCAACGUCAGUUCUUGAGCAACUUGGAGGAAGCGCUUGAUCUAGAGCCCGAUUUUCAUCAGCUGGAGCAUCCUAGUCAAUUUAAGAAUGUCCUGUUUGCUAUCGGUUCAGCAUUCCUGUACUACGUCAACCAUUUCAAGCUCUAUUCUUCCUUCUGCGCUAGUCACAGCAAAGCGCAGAAGGUUCUACAUCCAAAUGAGGGAAACCAAGCUCUACAGGAAUUCUUAGUCGCUCGCAAUCCGAAACAACAGCACAGCAGUACCCUUGAGUCCUUCCUGAUCAAACCCAUCCAGCGUAUCCUCAAGUAUCCCCUAUUGCUUCAACAGCUCCGAAACUUGACCGACCCCAACGCAGCUGAACACCUGCACCUGGUCGAAGCGCUCAAGGGCAUGGAAAAGGUCGCCGAGCACAUCAACGAAAUGCAACGAAUCCACGAAGAGUACGGCGCCAUCUUCGACCACCUGUUCCGCCAGCACCAGAAGUCCUGCAAACAACCGAUCGAUCUUAGUCCGGGUGACCUCCUGUACUACGGUGGCGUCGAGUGGUUGAACAUCUCCGACUUCCUGGGCAAAAUCAAGAAGGGUCUCGAGCUGCACGCCAUGUGCUUCGUCUUCAAAUCGGCCGUCGUGUUUCUGUGCAAGGAACGAUUGCGUCAGAAGAAAAAGCUCAUGGGAGUUUCCAGCAAAAAUGCCACCAACGAAGUGGAGAUCAUUCGCUACCAGGUGCUGAUUCCGGUAACUGAAGUGCAGGUUCGUGCUUCGUCCGCAAAGGACAUGGAUUCACACUUCCUCUGGGAGCUGAUUCACCUCAGAUCGCAACUACAACGAAGAUCGGAAAAAGUCUACGUGCUUUCCAAUAGUACUGGCGAUUUCCGCAAUGCAUUCCUUAAAACCAUCCGGCAGAUCAUCCGGGAAAGUGUCCGCAACAUGUCGAUUCCUUCGCUCAAGAGUAUGGGCGGCAGCAUGAACUCGAUGACUGGCGUUGGUAGCUCUUCCGGCAACUCGCAGACUUUAGAGCGACCCAAGCAACAGCCCCAGAUAAUGCAGGGAUCACAAACGCUGGGUAAACCAAAGAAGUCGAAGAUCAAUCAACGUCACUCGUCUGGAAAUAUCGAUUACGACAACACCACGUCCGGCAGUCAGGAGGCUGAUGAUCCACCGGUUCCCCAAUACAGUGGACAGUUCCGCAUGCGUAGCAAGACCGUCGGCGAUGUUGGAGAACAAGUAGCCGCAUGCAGACGUAACAUGAGUGAGCGGGAACCGGAAAAGGCAGAUCCCGGCACCAAAUCGGAAGGUGAAGACGAUUCGCAGCAAGGUUCAGUCAAACCGAAAUCGUCACUUGGUAAAACUCCGAAUCAUCUAACGCUGAGCACCACAUCAACCUUGUCCGUUAGCAGUACCGGCAGCCAGGCCCGUCUGAUCCAGUCGUCUCACCCACCGGCCACAUACCACCCGGUAUUGAUGAAGGACCUAGGAUCCCCGGUGUGGAAGCCUAGAGACAUGAUUAGUUUAUGUGAUGCCCAGUCGACUUCGACCGCACGUAAAGAUGAUUCAAACAAGUAGACAUGCGCGCCAUAUUAAGGGUGCAAACAAACGGCAAAUGUAUGUAAACAAUUGAAAAACAAAAAAAAAGCACACUUGCAAACACGCAGUAGGCAGAGGAAGGGUAUCGGGUUUUUUGGUGUGGUUGCCAGGUGACCAUGGGGGCUGUUAAAUCAAGGCCGAAAAAAAUAAUGAGCUGAAAGAUUCUUGGUCACCAAAAUACAGUUGAAUCGGGUCUUUUGUCUGACUGCUGCCAAAUUUGUCGGAACAAUGGGAAUGCCACUUGCUACGAAAGCGGAUACAUCUGCCCGUUUGGAGACAGGGAAACUGUUUCAUACAUUUUAUUCACUCUCAUCCCCGUGUUGUUUCCCCAGUAUUUUGAAGAAUAGGCACGGUGCACUUCGAGUGGACGUGGAAGCCAAUUGUUUAUUGUUAAAGGAAAUUUUUCGCAUCAUAUGACUGAGCGAGAGAGAAGCCAAAAAGUAGCGUGGAAAGUUUCAGAUUCUAGCAACAAAAAUAAAACAAAUUAAGCAAAUUCUAUGGAUGAUAUUAGUAAAACAAAAGUGAAUUUUUAUGAGAGCAGAGCAAAACAUAGUGAUAGUUUCUAAUUACAAGAUGUAGUUAAGGAUAAACAAGUUUAUUAUUAUUAAUAUUAUAAUUAUUAUUAUUAUAAAAGAGAAACGAUGAAAGAUAAUAAUAAUCACAAAGACACACUUACACAAUGACAGAAUCGUAGCAAGAUGAUCAGUAAACAUGAAUGUCAGUUGAAACGCGCAUCGUCGAGCGGAAUAUUUAAUGCGACACUGUUUAUUUUACUUUGAAUUUCUGAUACUUUUUAAACAUUCAGAAAAGUAAAAAAAGAAGUAAUUGCAGCUAUAUUAGCAGUAACUGAACUUUUACCGCUAAUGUUAAGAUUGACGGCAUGUGUAACCAUAUGAUUGUGACUUCCUAUUCUUUUGAUUUCUACAGUCUUAAAAAUCGUUAAAAUUGAUGCAGUAACAAAUAAACCAACUUAAACCUAAAUGAAAGGGAAUUGAAUUUUAUACAUUGUGAAUCCGACUGGAUGCGUAAGAGCCCAUGUUGAAUGAAUCCAGAAUUUUGAGUCAGAUGAAGAUAAAAACAAUUUUUUGUGUUGCCACCCUUGUCAAAUGAGGAAAGCAGAAAAUUCGAUAAUCAUUAUCAAUUAAACUAGUUAAUUAAAGGUUCUCCAAAUUGGUUCAAGAAUUUUUCUAUAAACCUAGUGAUUUUAGAAACAAUUGAGAUUAAACAGUAAGAGUACACGGAAAACACGUAUACCUUUACCAAACGAGAAUUAGAGUUCCCCUGACAAAAAUUUCAAAAUUUUAUUUGAAAUUUUUAAUCGCUAAUCGUACAUCUAUAUACUGAAGAAAACGUACUACUUUCCAAUCACAGCAGGCCACGGGUGUAAGCACACGGCUCAACAAUGAAAGAAAAAAUAAGUAAAGGUAAACGCAAAAUAAAACACUUAAAAAUAAAAUUUAGGAAGAAAUGUCUUGCAAUCCGCAGAAGAAAAAUCAUCAAACUAUAGUUAAUAUACGUAUAUUUCCUUUUACAUAAAAAAGUAAACUAAAACAAGUAACAAAAACAGACAACUGCACGCGUUCUUUCCCUCACAGAAGUAUUUAUAGAAAUAUACAUACAAACCAACUUGAAACAUUAUUAAACAAUUUAAUAAGAAAAUUGGAUGAAAAACCGAGAAAAAUAAUUGAUGAAAUUUCACAUAAACCAUGUUUUAAGAACCAAAAUAGGCACAUCUUUCAAGCGGCUAAAACGUUCGAUAAUUGUUUUCGAACAUAGAAAAGGUUCACCACAGUUACUUUCGGUUAUCUCAUCACAUGUCGAAUUAAAAAAAAAUCAAAGUUUUCAUGGUUUACAUAGUUUAGGUUGCUUUGGUCCUCAUUCAAUAAUCUCUCCAAAAAGUACCAUGUUCUAGACACAAACACACUUAUGCAAGACAUACACCCCCCGCAACCGAACCAUCUCUAGACACUUCACUUCUUCACGUUCGAAAACAAAGUAAGAACGCAAUCCAGGAUUGCGGAUAGGAAUAAUCAAAUGAUCGAACGUACUUUCUUACAAAAAAAAUCGAAGGAAAAGGCAAAUAACCGCGGAAAAAAAUUGUUACUCAAUCAAUAAUCUAUGGUUAUCAAACACAGCAAAAAUAUAAAACAAAAAUAACUUAAUUAAUUCAGUGGUUCUUUAUAUGAGGAAGACACAUUCAGAAAAGAAACAAGGAAAAGAUCUUCAAUAAGUCACCAAAAUCUUUCGUUUCGUGAAUAAAUAAAAAGUAAGACGUACAUAAUAAACACUAAAACAAUUACACUCGAAUAAAAAAAUAUCCGACACAACAGCAAAAAAACUAGACACGUAUAGCCACACACUACUCAAAAGUAGACAAGAAAAAUUAUCAAUCGAUGAGACAACACUUUUCCUUGAUUUUAUGUUGCUACACACACUCACACACACUUAUCUCUAAGAAUAAUACUCCUACCCUUUCACACACCCAGCUACACCAACACAAACACACACACUCACACAGACACCUAUAGGAGCUAACCCUUAUGCAAAACGAAAGAUUAGAAAACAAAUGAGAGAAACACUAAAUUGUGCCAAUUAAGAAAUCCAAACUGCAGAGGAACGACAUUCAAACAACAAUGCAUUGAUUGCUGUUAACGAAACUGAUUGUGAAAUGGUAAAUGAUAAUGCUGAUAAAGAUUAAAGAAAAAGCAAAAAAAGGACUACGGCUGAUGGAAUGCAUUGGAAGCGAACAUGAACAUCUGAGAAAAAAAAUGAUUAUGGCGAUGAUAAAAUGAUGCAGUGAAAAAUGAUAACGAUAAUGAUGAUGAUAAUGAUGCGGACGAGCAAAACUGAUUCUUGUUUAUUUGUUUUGUAACUUUUUGAGAUGUCUAAGUAUUCAAUAAAUAAAAUAAUUAUACACAAACACUAA